AUGGUAAAACUACCGCACAAGCCUACUAAUUUAAGAGAAUAUAAGUGUGAUUUGGUUAUUAAUAGUCAGCAUUUCACCAAACUAGAAAUCAGUCCUUAUUAUGAGAAACAUAAUCAAGAAUACUUAGACGCCUUGAAAAGAAAAAGUGCCAAGUUAUCAGCCAAAGAGUUAGCUAAAAAGUUAAUCACCGACGACCUAAUCAGAAAAGUGUUAGUUCCUCAGUUAGAUGCCUAUAAACUAAUCUGGUGUUGUGAUGAGAAUAAUCUUCACAUUCUAGGAGUUAUGGAUUGUUUUCGGGUGGAAAAAUUUGACAAAGACGAUUAA